CCCUUCUCUGCGUAGUGCCAUGACGUAACUGUCAUCAGGAGACUUUAGGUGUUUGUAGUCUCGGACAUUAUUAAAUCUAGUCUCUAGUGUUUAAUCAACCAUGGCGAAGUCGGCGCUUUUUUCUUAUAGCAAUUUAGUGCAUGCUGUGGCGGGAGGAUGUGGGUCGGCAGUGGCCAUGACAGCAUUCUACCCACUUGAUACUGUCAGAACAAGAUUACAAUUGGAGGAAGCUCGGACAAGUCGCAACACAUUUGCCAUCAUGGCUGAGGUUUUCAAGGAUGAAGGAUUUGAUGGCCUCUACCGUGGACUAUUUCCUGUAAUAGAAUCACUCUAUUGCUCCAAUUUCGUGUAUUUCUACACAUUCCAUGGACUGAAAAGGGUGGCGAAUGAAGACAAAACCAUCCUUCGAGAUUUGUUGCUAGGGAUGGUAGCCGGAUGUGUUAAUGUUAUGAUGACAAAUCCUCUGUGGGUUGUGAAUACUCGCAUGAAGAUGCAAGGUGCACGGCUCAAGGGUGGCAGUCAGUCUUCUCCUCAGAAGCACAAUUACAAGAAUCUUAUAGAUGGUCUCAUACAAGUGAAAAGGAAGGAGGGCAUUACUGGACUGUGGUCUGGAGCAUGUUCUUCUCUCAUCUUGACGAUCAAUCCAGCCAUCCAGUUCAUGGCUUAUGAAGCAAUGAAAAGGCAGAUGCAAAAAAUGUAUGAAAGCCAGCAGCUCAACUCUCUUGUUGUCUUUGGUGUUGGGGCAGUCGCAAAAGCAAUAGCUACUGUUCUAACUUACCCAAUUCAACUUGUGCAGGCAAAGCAGAGGCAUGGCCACACAUACGAAGGACUCCCACAGAAAGCAGGCCUGAUCUCCAUCAUGCUUUUCAUCCUCAGGAAGCAUGGCUUUAGAGGAUUAUUCAAAGGACUAGAGGCCAAAAUCUUGCAGACUGUUCUAACAGCAGCUUUGAUGUUUGUUUGUUAUGAAAAGAUAGCAAGUGUUGUUUUUGCUGUGCUGAUGGGAAACAAGAAGACUGCACUCAGGAAAUAGUGGACCUGAGAAGCCACAAUGACCACUACCAAGAUGAUGUGAUUUAUUUCAAAAUUUGUAGGUUGUUUGCUUGUGUUGUUUUUAUUUAUCUUUGGUAUUUAUUUGUCCUGUGACAAUGUUUUCUAAAUGAAAUAUUGUUUAUGUGCUGGCAUUCUAAAUGCAGUAUGUAUGGUAAUUACUGAGAUGAUGAUAUCCUAUUGUAGGAUUUCAAAUAGAAAGUGUUCAUGUGUUUAUUCUACACACGUCAUUCACUGAAAGGUGUUUUUAGAUAGUAUGAGAUACUGCUUCAUUGAAUUUCCUUUUUCAUAUUUAUUGAGUUGUAUGCUAUGACAUUUACUAUAUUAUUACUUCAAAUUAACUUGAGGUUUUUUUAAAGAAUACCCAAAGUAAAUCAAUUUACUAUAAUAACUAGGUAUCUUAUGCAUACUUAGUUUUCAGAUAGUAAUUUAUUCAUUGAAUUUUUAUGUUUAAGGAAAUGUUCAAAAGCACUGUUAUUGAGUGUAGUUUUUACUUUCAACUUUGCAAACCAAAGCAUAGUGGUGAAACCACCUCUUCCACCAGGGGGUAAAUGUAUUCUCAGUCUUUGUUAUUGCAAAAGAUUAUGAAUGCAGUGACUAAUAAGUCAGUUGAAGCUUGUAUAGCCAUGAGUAUAAUAAUCUACACAUAUUAUUGUGGCAAGCAACAAACAACUAUAUAAUAAAAGGUUGUGCUGAUUGAGGGUAUGGUGGUGAAGCUGCUUCUCGAAGUGGGGAAACUCAAGGUGAGAUUGUUUUUAUACUGUACCUCUGAAAGAUCAGUGUCAUUGGCAUUGAUAGAGGUUAUGUGGGUAAGAUAAACUUGACUUGGAAUGCUUUGCUCUUCCUGAAUAAGUAUUGAGGGAUCUUGAGGCAUAGAGUAUAGUGUCCUUUUCUUCUCCCAUGGUCUCUUAAAAUUGUACCAGAAUGUCUAUUCACUAAAUGCUGUGUCCACCUCUCAGAUUAUAAGAGAUUUGCAACCUUAACUUUAUCAAGAAGGCAUUGCUGUGUAUAAAUCAUGCAGUGUUGUUCAAUGAUAGAUGUAAUCAGUUUCUGUGAAGUAAUUGUAUGUUGACUGGUACUAUAAUGAGCAUAAGAGGAGCAUUACAUACUCCCUUGUUUAUAAGCAGUGAAAUCAUAAACUGUUAAUACCAGGGGUUACCUAUCAUGCCCUUUUUUUGUCUUUAUUUACAGAGAUAAACUGGAGCUGUUUAUGAGACCUUGUUCUCUAUAUUAAAAGUAAUUCUUAUGCAAUCUUGGUUUCCCAUGUAAGUUUAACAGUAAUAUAUUUUUUCCUCCAGACACUGUUUUGCAUGAUGUAGAUUUAAAUUUGAAAUGAGUGAAAGUUGGAGUAAGGUAAAGCUAUAAGUUGGUAUGAUAACAGGUUUUAUAAUUUCAUAACUUGCCAAAUGAUAUUAGCCAAUUCUUAUACCUCUUAUAGAUCAUAUACAAACUCUGUUGUCGUGUUCUGUCUUGGAAGAUCUCUUCCACAAGUCUUUCAUUUAGUUUAAUUAUGGUAUGUGUGGUGACAUUUUUGUAGCCUCUUAAUACAUUUCUGGCCUGAACCAUCCAUCAUUAAGAGUAGUUUUGAAACGGUAUCAUGUAAUUCUCAUUAGCUGUGAGAAUUAGCAUCAAUAAAGAAUUUCAGCAGUUUUAAUAAUUUGUCUUUAUUAUUAAAUCGUAUGAUGGGUAAAUUAAAAAUCUCAGUAAGUAAGAUGGUGAACAUAGGAAAAGCAUAUGUAACAACCAAAUUGAGAAUUUUUUUUUUUUUACCUAUUUUUUUUUAUAACAAAAAUUAAUAUCAUUGGGAUCUUGUCAAAAUUAUGAUGAUAAUCAUCUAUAUAUUCUUUUAUGUAUUUAUGUAAAGCUUAAAAGAAUGCUUAAAACUAAAUCAUUAGUAGCAGUAUUUUAUUUUUGUAAUUUGGUUAAAAGCUUUCUGCAAAAAAAUAUACUGUGCUGCAUUGGCCCUUAAUUAACCAUCAGUUGUUCAGCUGUCAUGAGUUUGAUUAUUAGAAGAAACACUUGUCAUAAAAGUGUUUUGUAUUGUUUUAAUAGUGGAAGUUGUGUAAUGUGUCAAUUUGUUUUAUAUUUACAUUUGCUUGUCUUCCAAAAGUUGAUGCUGUUGUUCUUGAGUCAUUGCUAGUAAAUAUUUAAUAUUACCAAGGCUUGGUACGACUGAGGGAAAACAGUGGUAGUAAAGAUCUGCGUUCAGCUGUUGGAGUGGAAAAUAUUAACCAUAUUUUUAAUAUUGUUGGUAAAAGAGAUCACAGUUCUUGUGGAAAUUUGUAACAUACUGAGGAUCAAAUUGAAAACUUUUGUGUGCCAUUACAGUAUUAUCCUUUUUUUUUUUUCUUACAUAAAUAAUCAUUAAACUCUGAGGAGUAAUUGUACACAGAAGAUGAGGGAAAAAUUUUAGUUUUCAUAUAACAAAGACUUAAGUGCAUUUAUGAAGUAGAAGCUGUAUCACUUAAUAUUCAUCUUUACAUUUCUGGUUUUUGUCUUUUACUGCUAGAGUUUAGUGUGACAACUUUUUCUUAGUUUCUCAGGAUUAGUGUAGGGCUUAUAAAAUGAAAGUGCUUUAUUUUUUUUUUUACUUUCAAGUAUGUAUAUUUUUUUAAUGAAUUUCUUAUAACUCAUAGUGAACCCUUAUAAUAUACAUAUUACUUUAUACAUAUUGGAUUUCUUUUAAUAAUAAGCAUCCCUGAGCUUAAAAUUAACUAGUUUAUCUCCAGCAACAGAUGCUUUAACAAACAUUGUCUCUUUCCUCUUAUCACACUGUAUGAAUUACGUAUAUGCAAACAAGAACAAGUCUAUUACUUGAAGACUCAUAAGUAUGCAUAUGGAUAUUACUGAAGAAUCAUUCGCAGGUAAGCUAAAGUAAGAUCAAGUAGUAUUGCUGCUUGUAUAUAUACAGAGUACAAAAGUAUUAUGUAGUAGGUAAAGCAGGGAAAGUGCACAAAAUGUGUGAAACACUUUAGAGAAAUGUUACACAUUUGAUAGGCAUAUGUUAAGAAUGAGGUGUGUUUUCUAUAUAUAUCCUGUGUGUUUAUGGGCAGGUGUCUUGAACAUUUCUGUGUGAAGUGUUUUUUGCUGAAAACUGAACAAAAUGAAACCUGCAAGUUUAGAUUGAUUGGUGAGUCAUGAUUACUGUUGGUAUAGUAUAUUAGUUAUCCUUCGUUUUUUAAUACAAUAUUACCCUAGCUGUAAAUAAAGUAUAAAUAUGCUAUGGAACAAAGAUUGAAUUUUAAAGUAUUGAACUUUCACUGGUAGAGUUAUCUUCAAGCUUGUUAACUGUAAUAGAAAGUUUUAUUUUCAAAUUAUCCUGAUUUCUUUUCUUUAAGUAUUAGUUUUGCGUCCUCGAAAUACUUAAAAGUCAUUCUUAUGGUGUAUGAAAAAAAACCAUUUGUAACAGUAUUGUUAUUAUUAUUAUUAUUUUAUUAUUACUAUAUUAUUGUUGUUGUUAUAGCAAUCUUGGCUGCAUUUUCCUAUACAGCCUUUUCUCUUGUCAGAGCGCUGAUGACUUUAAACAGCAUUACCACCCCCUCUCUUGCCCAUACAGAUUUUAGAAUUCUUAUUUAUUGUAUGUAUUUUAUAAGGCAUGUUGUGGUGCAGUAGGCCUAGAGUUAAUUUGAGUGGUGAGGUAUCAUGAAAACGGAUAAGUGAGGGAUUACAGUUACUCAUUUUUCCAAGAGAUUUGGCAUGUUCGUGUUCACGAUUAUAGAUUGUGCCAUACUGAAUGGUUCAUGACAAAGCAGUUUUGACAAUAUCCAUGAACAGGGCAUUCAGACAAAUAUACCACAUUCUGUGUCUUAUGGUCUUCAUCAGGGAGCUCUGAGUUCUUCAGUAAUAGCUUGCUGGAUUUUAUAUGCUUGUAAUUAGGAGCUGGAUGGUAUCUUUUGGGCAGAUGAAAGUCACAUUAUUAUUGAUGAUUUAUCUAUGGGCACUUUCAUCUUUCUUGUAUUCUUGCAUUAUGCUCUUGUAGAAAGUUUUGUAUCAUUUUUCUGGUGCUGAUAUGUUUUUUCUUUUUCUUGUCCUUGCUUCCAUUUGUCCAUGGUGGUCAAAACCUGACAUUAUACAUGGUCAAUGGAAUACAAGUAUCUCAGUAGAUUUACUAAUUCCUUGAUCAUUCCUGUCAUAGACAAGCAAUUCAGGAGUGCAAUCCUAAUAGGUGUCUACCACUGUUUUCUUAACCUUUCUGGGCAUUCACUGAGGCACAGUGAAAUUGUCUAAGGUUGGCUUGAUGCCAUUGCACAUCAAGGAUGACGGGUGGUGGUUAUGGUUUCAUGCAAGUGUGAACUUGACUGAGCAUUCUUCAAGGUCAACCAUGAGAUUUUCAAGAUUAGCAGAAUGUAAGGUGGUGGGGUGUGGUUAUUUCAAAUAUACUGUCCAAUAUUUCCACGUAGAAAUUAGUGAUAAAGAUACCCAAAGGUGUCCCAUCACUAUGCCAGUUUGUUGCCUUUGUAUGUUAAAGAAGACCUUUGUACAGGUCUCAAACUUAUCCCCAGAGACUUGGAUGUUAAGGAUCCGCUGACGAGGAAAAUGGAGAAGACUUUACAAGGAAAUGUAGCCAAAACUAUUGCCAUCAUUGGUAAUACCACUCUCCAAAAGGUCUUAUACCACAAUAUUAUUAUAAGUUUAAUCAAGCCACAUAGUUUAGAGUUUUAACUUGUACGACGGGCAGGAGUUUAUUGGGUUAAUGUUGAUGGCUAUUGACAAAUUUUCUUUUGACCAUUUACAUCCCAGACUUGUCAGUCACUGAUGUCUGAAAUCAUGACUUAUGUAACAGCAUGAUCUGCUUGAACUAUGUAAUGAGGAUGAGAAUAUUAAUUAUAAGUAUACUGUGGUAAAGUGUAUGUAUAGGUAUAUUUCUAUGUGAUAUUGUAUUGACACUUUUUUAUUCAUACUUUACAAUACUCUGUACAUCAGCUGUGUGAGAAAUUCAGAUUAGUAGCAUUUAUUAGUUAGUUAUCUUUAAAAAAAACUUUUUCACUGAUAACCAAGAACAGCUAUUACAAGUCAUUUUGCUGUAACACCUCUGUUGGCAUACGUCACAGUUGUGUUGUCAAAAGAUGACUUUAGUAGAUUCAGAUGUAGUUGAUUGUGAUGUUUAAGGAUGCAAUGUUAAAUUUUAAUGGUUUUUUAAAGAAUUGUAGUGAAUUCUUUGUAAUCAUUUACACUUAAAAAUAUAAGGAUUUAUACAUAAUAUUUUGUGAACACCACUUGGAAGCGUAAAAUGUCUUCCCAGGCCCUAUAAAAGUCUGUGGAAACUCAGGAUGAUAUAUUUUACUAUUAUGGUAAAAAGUAUUGGCUUAUGAAAACCAUUUGCACUUCUGUUCCAUUGAUAUAGGUUCAAAAAUGCCAUGUAUUUUCUUCCUUGCCAGCAUUUGUUCUAAAUAUAUACAAAAUACCCAUCACUUGCAAUCAAUAAUACAGACUUGUGUAAAGAUACAAUUCAACUUUACAAAAAGUUAUUAGUGAAAAUGUGAUUAAAUUUGACAAGUUUA